UUUCAGUGCAUGUUUUUUUCUCUCAGCUGAAAGAGAAGACUUGGACAGCCCGGCUUAAACCGAACAAUAGUCCUGUAGGCUGAAUGCACUCAAACUUACGGGACGGAACACCGAGAAACAACGCGUUAUACACACGCAGUCGACUCCCAACAACAGAAUGCUUGAUAGAAAAUGUGAAGGGCAUUAGUUGUCACAGUGUUGGAGUAGUCAACAGGAACCGGGAAAGAUGGCGAGGGCACAGACUCGCAUGCUCCUCGCCCUGGCUUUGCUGGGAAUGUUCUUCCUCGAUGUCUCGGUGAAAGGAGAGCUGCAGGGCGAGCAACAGGAGGAGGAGGAGAGGUCCUGUCAGGGCGCCUUCGACCUCUAUUUUGUCCUGGACAAAUCUGGAAGUGUGAAGAAUCACUGGAUAGAAAUUUACUCCUUUGUUGAGCAGCUGGCAGAGAAGUUUAUCAGCCCCAUGUUGCGAAUGUCCUUUAUUGUCUUCUCCACACGAGGAAACAUCAUCAUGAAACUGACAGAGAACAGGGAGGCCAUCACUGGAGGCUUAACCGCUCUGAGAAGGGUUAUUCCUGGAGGAGACACAUUUAUGAACCUAGGCCUGGAGAUGGCUAAUGCGCAGAUAUACCAAGAGAAGCAGGGUACAGCCAGCGUUAUCAUCGCUCUGACAGAUGGAGAACUGAAUGAAUGGCAGUUUGACACAGCUCAGCGAGAGGCACAAAGGGCCAGGUCCAUGGGAGCCAUUGUUUACUGUGUAGGGGUCAAAGAGUUCAACCAGACCCAGCUUGCAACUAUUGCAGACACUGUGGAACAUGUGUUUCCUGUGUGGGGAGAAUUCCAAGCCCUGAGGGGAAUCAUUGACUCGAUCAUCAAGAAGUCCUGCAUUGAGAUUCUAGCAGCUGAGCCGUCCAGCGUAUGUGCAGGAGAGAGUUUCCAGGUGGUGGUAAGAGGCAAUGGGUUUCUCCAUGCCAGAAACAUUGAGCAGGUCCUCUGCAGCUUCAAACUGAAUGAUACACUCACUGUGGAUGAGAGACCAGUUGGAAUAGAAGAUACCUUCCUGCUCUGUCCUGCUCCUGUUGUAGAAGAGGUUGGAAGGGUGAUCUAUCUGCAGGUGAGCAUGAAUGAGGGUCUCUCCUACAUCACCAGCUCUGUUCACAUCACUACUACUGAAUGUUUUGACGGCACCAUCGUUCUAAUAUCGUUGCUGGUGGUGUUCCUGCUGUUGGCUAUUCUGCUGAUGUGGUGGUUCUGGCCUCUCUGUUGCACUUUGGUGAUCAAAGAACCUCCCCCACCACCUCCACCAGAGCCAGACUCAGAUGAUGACGAUGGGAUGCCAAAAAAGAGGUGGCCCACUGUGGAUGCAUCCUACUAUGGAGGAAGAGGAGUGGGUGGCAUCAAACGCAUGGAGGUGCGAUGGGGGGAGAAGGGGUCCACUGAGGAAGGAGCGAAGCUGGACAAACCUAAGAAUGCAGUUGUAAAGAUGCCAGAGCAGGAAUUUGAACCGUAUGAGCCCAAACCUCGAAAACAACCACGCCACCCACCACAGCAGAGAAGGUGGUACUCACCCAUUCAGGGAAAGCUAGAUGCUCUGUGGGCUCUGUUCAGGAGAGGUUACGACCAGGUAUCUCUAAUGAGACCACAGGCUGGAGACGAGGGUCGCUGUAUUAGUUUUCAACGGGUCAAAGAUGGGGAGUCCGCCCCAAGCAACCAGGCUCCUCCUCGCACGCAUCACUCUCCCUCACCACCACCGCCCCCUCCUCCUUCUCAUCCACCCGCUGAACAGCAACCUCUGGUCUCGAACUCUGUCCCUCGUACGAAGCCUCCGUCGAGAGGGCCCCGCACCACGCCACCCUCCCGCACACCCCCUUCUGUGGCCCAACCUCCUCCAGGUCCACACCCGACUCGAGCACCCCCCGGGCCACCAGGACCCCCGCCAUCUCGACCCCCACCCAGGAUCUGAUGAUGAAGAGAGGGUCUCCAAUUAACAACUGUUACGUCAACUCAUUUCAUGAAACACCCACAAAUCUAAGAAGCCAUGAGCUCUGACGUGAAGCUCUGUGCUUUGUUGCUGGACAGCAAAAAUGUUUAUCUGAUACCAAAAAGUUUCAUAAAAAAUGACACAUUCAUAAAACCACACACACUAUAGAAAA